UCCUUUUCUUAAUAACACGCGCACCCUCCACCUCUUGCUUGGUCAUUUCCGCAUCUCUCUCUCUUUCUCUCUCUCUCUCUCUCUCUUUCUCGCCGACUCCUCCACUCUCCAGCAGGCGCCUCUCGAGCCCUAAAACCCUAACACCUUCUUCGCACCGCCAAAACUAAGCCAAUCAAAUCCACAUCCAAAUCCAAAUCUGAGAUUUCCGGGGCGCUGGUUUCUUUCACUGCUUUACAUGAUCUUCCUUUCUUCUCAUUUGAGGAUGAUUGAUUGCCAUAAUGAUGCUAUAAAGACAAGUCUUCUAAGAUUCAUCUACUGCUGCAACUGAUUAGUGAAAGUUUGGUUUAAAUUUCCUUUUAGGAAAUGGAUCGGCGUGAUACAUCAGGAUUUGUUAGUGGGGGUGGGAUGUACUAUUUUAGAGACAUCUAACUCUAAUUUUGUAGAUAAAUUUAAUUAGCCAGGAAGUUGGUAGACUGUUUUGUUGCAAUUUGAUUAGGUCUUUGUAUAUUAUUCCAUUUAGUAGUUACAUAUGGACAAUAGGUUGCAGAACUUGGGUUUUGCUGCUAAUUUUUCUUCAAAUGCCUUCAAUAUUGUGGGCAACUCAAUGCAAGUUGGGGGAGCUGGAAGUGAGUCUUGUGCAGAUACUAUCUUACGGCUCAAUUCCCCUGGUUCUUCAAUGGCUUGCAUGUCAAGCUUGCAAGGAAUCAAACGGAAGUGGAGUUCGAUUGGAGGAACUUUGACCGAGCAUUUUGGCUCUUCACUGUCUCUUGGGCUUGGCCGUUCAACAAGUUCCUCAGACAGCAAGGGGAGCUCAGCUACUGCUUGCACUACAAUGUCCUCAGCCAAAGAAACAGAUGAGGAGUCCUCGAUGGAUUUUGAAUUGGACUUUGCAUUACAUCUUGGAAAUGAAAAGGUACCCAGCCCGAAGAAACCUGCUAAUUCAAAGCUGCGCGCACUGGAACUGCAGCCCAAGGUUGACUUGGAGUUAAGUCUCUCAACUGGGCUGUCUGAAUCUGAAAUCACUUGUGUCAAUCCAAGUUCCACUUCGCCUCUUUCAGGCAUGGAGAUGGCAUUGGCGGCUGGUGGGGCCCAAAAUGCAGAUGAAGGAUCAACUCCAUUCCAUUGGAAGGGAGGGAUUGCCAUACAACCAUUGCAGACUUCAUUCAACCCAGGGGCGAGCUUCCUUUUCAAACAGGUUCCACAAAAGAUUGAUUCCCCUGCUAUUGUUCCGGAGCUCUCAUCAAGCAUAUUAACCACACCAAAUAGCUCAGUCAGCUGCAGUUCUGGGAUGACACAGAAGCAACAGUCACAGCAUCGCAGCUCAAAUUCAAAGACAUGCCAGAUUGAGGGAUGUGGAAAGGGUGCCAGAGGUGCUUCUGGCCGCUGCAUAUCUCAUGGUGGUGGUAGGAGGUGUCAGAAAUCUGGCUGCCAUAAGGGUGCUGAGGGCCGAACAGUGUACUGCAAGGCCCAUGGUGGUGGUCGGCGAUGUGAAUUCCUUGGGUGUACAAAGAGUGCAGAAGGACGCACUGAUUUUUGUAUUGCCCAUGGUGGUGGUCGGAGGUGCAGUCAUGAAGGUUGCACUCGAGCUGCCAGAGGGAAAUCAGGAUUGUGUAUCAGGCAUGGUGGUGGCAAGAGAUGUCAAAGGGAAAAUUGCACGAAGAGUGCAGAAGGCCUCUCAGGCCUUUGCAUCUCACAUGGUGGUGGCCGUCGAUGCCAAGCUAUAGGAUGCACAAAAGGGGCGCAAGGGAGCACAAUGUUCUGUAAGGCUCAUGGUGGGGGGAAGCGAUGCACUGCUCCAGGUUGCACCAAGGGAGCUGAAGGGAGCACGCCCUAUUGCAAAGGCCAUGGUGGGGGAAAAAGGUGUGCAUUCCAAGGUGGUGGGCAUUGUACAAAGAGUGUGCAUGGUGGUACCAACUUCUGUGUGGCACAUGGGGGUGGCAAGCGAUGUGCCAUGCCUGAGUGCACAAAGAGUGCAAGGGGACGAACUGACUACUGUGUCCGACAUGGUGGGGGAAAGAGGUGCAAGUCUGAAGGAUGCGGUAAGAGUGCACAAGGCAGCACUGACUUCUGUAAGGCACAUGGUGGAGGAAAGAGAUGCUCUUGGGGACAUCCUGGAUCAGUUUUUGGCGGCCAAGCUAUUGGUCCUUGUAACUCAUUUGCAAGGGGGAAGACAGGCCUCUGUGCCCUCCAUAGUGGUCUGGUUCAGGAUAAGAGGGUUCAUGGAGGUAUUACUUUGGGACCUAUGGUCCAAGACCCUAAACUUGGGAAGUCGGACAAGAAGAAAGAAGUAGCCACUGCAGAUGACAUGAAUGUUGAUGUGAUGAAUAUUGGGAGCAGCAUAAGGACUUCAGCAACCGGAACUUGUUCUGACAUGAAACAAGCUGGUCAAUCUUCAGCCCCAGUCCUCAUUCCAGAAGGCAGGGUGCAUGGGGGAAGUCUGAUGGCUCUGCUGGCAGGCGGUUCAGACUCCAAUUCGAACAGCAGGGGGAGUAAUUCAUCUGGGUCAAAGAAAUCCUACAUGAUGCCUCAGAACUGGAUGUGAGGCUAUUUCUAACCCUUGUUAUUUGAUUCGGUCUCGGUGGUUGGCGGAGUUUCUCAGCAGGUCAGCAUGUCUGUGUCCUUCGUUUCUUAGUUUGUUGUUUAUUAGUGGCUUUGAUAUACGUAGAAGAAGUUGUUCUCAUUCAUUGGUUCUAAUGGAGAGAACCCAUAAGUGCUUAAAAGACCUUAGUGUAACAGUUUGGGGUAUAUCAAGGUAGGGCAGUGGUUAGUUAGCAAUUUGAGUUUGGUCUUUGGUGUUCUUUCCUGUAAAUAUUUUGUAAGUGUCUGUCCAGCAGUUUGUUGUGAAUACAGGUUAUACUGCCUGUGGGGUCAGUCAGUUUGUCAGACGUUCUGGUGCAAUAAAAGCCUUUUACUGAGAUCAUA